AUGCUCGACUGGCUCGCAGCGAGCACAGGACUUGAGCGCAUUGCCCUUGUGCUUUCGUGUCACCGAGACGACUGGGAAUUACCAGAUGAGGACAUGUUCAAAGCCCCGGAGUUCCGAAGUGCUCUUCUUCCGUUCACCAGGACGCUCAGAACGCUUCACCUAGAAGCCGAUCACUGGUCUCCGGAUGAGUGCGCAAGCAAUAUUGCAGAUGAUGCUGGACCGUUCGGGUCUCUCAAGGAAUUUGCUGUCCUCGAGGAUCUGCGGAUGCGAUAUGUUCACCUCGUGCAGCCGUCCACUCCCGAUUCAAUUCAUGAGUUCAAAGGGCCGCUCGUUGAUAUACUUCCCUCCUCCCUUAGAAAUCUGGAAGUUCUGGAAAUUGACGAGGAUCAUUAUCCUGAUCUGCUGUUGGACUUGGCACGAUUGGUGCACGGCCGGGCUUCUUUUCCUCGGCUUGAACAAAUCACACUUUACCUGAUGAACUUGGAUAAGAGCCCAUUAAAUUCUUUAAGGCAUGAAUAUGGGACCGUUGGGAUCGGCUUUAGGGUGAAGGCACAAGUAUUUUAA